AAAACUCAGGAUAUCUUUCAUGAAGUUGGAGAUAGUUAUUUAGGAAUCAAGAAACACGUCAGUCUUGGAGAUCCAAUUGCAGUACCGUUUUGGAUUGCCAUACCUAUCAUCAUAAUACUAACUGCAUUGAUUUGCGCCAGUGCAUUUUUCUAUAUCAAAAAGCCCAAACACAUUGAUCCAUAUAGUGUGAAGAUGAGAAAGGGAAAGAAGAAUGCAGAAGAAACCAAUGAUGAUUCUCGAACAGUAAAAUGUGAAACUAAGAAAAACUUGUCAAAUGAGGUCUUUGAACGAGCAUCGGAAAGUAGCGAAAGAAGAAAAGCAAGCGGCUCUCUUUCACCUACAGAAAACGGCAGUGGAAAAGCUGUGAAAACCACAAAAGAAGCUUGUGACCCGAAAACGAAGGUUAAUAGUAAUGAAUAA